AUGAUCACAUAUGGAAGAUAUUUCUCUGAUGACAAAUUAUUAUGCGAAGAGUUGAUUGUUGAAAUAUUUACAAGACUACCACCGAAAUCCCUCCUCCGAUUUAGAUCACUCUCUAAAUCGUUAUAUACUUGUAUUUCUAGUCCCGGGUUCAUACGCUUGCACACUUUCCGAUCCCCACAAAAAAUCCGCUUCACGCAUGAAAAUAUUGACAAUAAUAAAAUAGCAGAAGUCGUUUAUACAUUACACGGAGAAGACGAAUUGCCAUUGUGUUUGUGUCCCAAACGCGGAUAUAUUGGUAUAACAACAACAAUUCCGUUUCCUUGUAGCAAUAGGUUCAGAACUGUUGGUUCAUGUAAUGGAACUUUCUGUUUGAAGACUAAAAAUGGUUUGACUCUAUGGAACCCUUCAAUCAGACGCAAAGUAAGAGUGCCUGAAUGUCCUCGGAGUUCUGAACUCGCUUUGAGAGGUAUUGGGUUUGGAUUUGACCCAAUCAGUGAUGAUUACAAAAUUGUUUGGAUAUCAUAUGAAAAAGACACUUCAUUUGUUUAUGCGGUGAAGACAGGCACUUGGUGUGAGAUUGCUUCCCCUAAACCUGAGUUUACUUAUGUGCGACGUGAGGCGUUUUUAUUUAAAGGAGUAUUGCAUUGGGAGGUAAAUCAUUUUGACUUAGACUUUUCUUGUAUACUGACAUUCGAUUUGAGCACUCAUGUUUUUGGUAUGAUUCCAUUUCCUGGAUUGGCUCCGGACUGGUUGACGACAAGACUAACAACCAUCCAAGAUUCUCUAGCUUUGAUUUGUUAUCGCAUGAAUAUUGAUGAUAGUUGGAUUCUGGUAUGGAGAGAUGCUUCUUGGUCUGUGGUUUUUAAAUUGGGAACAGGUAAACUUCCGGUUGAUGGAGCUUUUCAAUUCCAACCACAACCACAAACGACCAACGAGUGUAAUUUGUUGCUCACUACUUAUGGGGAGGGUUCCAAAUUUAUAAUCCCAAGACAGGGUUGCGAUCAGGAGCCGUCACCACCGGACACCACCAUUCCCGUCACCGCUGCCCCUGCUAUGUGCAGCCCCCCGAUCUUCGUGACAACCGUUAAAACCGCAACAGUCGAUGCUGAAGGCCAUCCCUUAACUCAUGCAUAUAGUCAGAUGACAGAUUAUCUAUGCGAAGAGUUGAUUGUUGAAAUAUUUACAAGACUACCACCGAAAUCCCUCCUCCGAUUUAGAUCACUCUCUAAAUCGUUAUAUACUUGUACUUCUAGUCCCCAGUUCAUACUCUUGCAAACAUUUCGAUCCCCACAAAAAAUCCGCUUCACGCAUGAAAAUAUUGACAAUAAUAAAAUAGUAGAAGUCGUUUAUACAUUACACGGAGAAGACGAAUUGCCAUUGUGUUUGUGUCCCAAAUGCGGAUAUAUUGGUAUAACAACAACAAUUUCGUUUCCUUGUAGCAAUAGGUUCAGAACUGUUGGUUCAUGUAAUGGAACUUUCUGUUUGAAGACUAAAAUUGGUUUGACUCUAUGGAACCCUUCAAUCAGACGCAAAGUAAGAGUGCCUGAAUGUCCUCGGAGUUCUGAACUCGCUUUGGGAGGUAUUGGGUUUGGAUUUGACCCAAUCAGUGAUGAUUACAAAAUUGUUUGGAUAUCAUAUGAAAAAGACACUUCAUUUGUUUAUGCGGUGAAGACGGGCACUUGGUGUGAGAUUGCUUCCCCUAAACCUGUGUUUACUUAUGUGCGACGUGAGGCCUUUUUAUUCAAAGGAGUAUUGCAUUGGGAGGUAAAUCAUUUUGACUUAGACUUUUCUUGUAUACUGACAUUCGAUUUGAGCACUCAUGUUUUUGGUAUGAUUCCAUUUCCUGGAUCGGCUCUGGAAUGGUUGACAACAAGACUAACAACCAUUCAAAAUUCUCUAGCUUUGAUUUGUUAUCGCAUGAAUAUUGAUGAUAGUUGGAUUCUGGUAUGGAGAGAUGCUUCUUGGUCUGUGGCUUUUAAAUUGGGAAAAAUUUUGUGUGUUUGA